AUGUAUUUCACUUCUUUACUCGCAGGAGGUCUUGAUGAUCAAGUUAACGAGCAAAUCCUACACGCAGCAUUUAUUCCAUUUGGAGAUAUUGUUGAAAUUCAAAUACCACCGGAUCCUGCUUCUCACAAUCAGCAUCGUGGCUUUGGUUUUAUAGAAUUCGAAGAAGCUGGUGACGCUCAAGCUGCAAUCGAUAAUAUGAAUUUAUCGGAACUUUACGGUAAGGUUAUUAAGGUUAAUUUGGCCAGGCCCAUGAGAGUUAAAGAAGGAAGUAUGCGUGCUGACUUUAAAAUUUUCGGUUAUCGAUUGUUAGUAUGGUCUGAGGACGCGUGGUUACAAAAAUACGCACUCAAAUCCGCUGAUCCAAAU